AUGCUGUUUGACUUUCGUGAAAAUCUGGAGAGGCGAAAGUUAAUCUCCCCAAGAAAGGCGGCAAUUCUGUGGGCCGAGCAGAAAAGAAAGUCCCAUAUGGCCACGAUCACAGAAUUCCUGCAUUGUAAAUAUGGAACGAACACCCAAGAAGAGAUAACCAAAUCACUGAAUAGAUUGCAGAUUGAUUCCUUACUGUCCAAUAUCAAGAAGAAAACACUUCACUCGAAGCUAUUUGAAUCCCUUGAUGAUAACAAUUUUGAUAUUCAAUCGUCUUCAACAUGGCUUAAGAAAGGAAAUAUAUCUCCUAAAUCUGAAGCUAUGUUUUCAUUUCUUCAAGACAGGAAUAUUUUUUUCAGAGACCCUAAUUCAAAAUGUCCACACUGUAAAUCUUCCAAUAAGACGGUUGAUCACAUGGCAACUAGAUGCAACAGGAUGCUUAAUUCGGAUUAUACGAGAAGACACACUGAAAUUGUGAGAUGCAUCCACAUGCACUUGUGCCGUAGAUUUGGAUUCAAAAAAUCCAGAAGACUGAAAAAUCACUCUGUCCAGAGUAUUAUGUGCAACACCUUGGCAGAAAUACGAGUUGAUAUAACAAUUCCAACAGAGUUGAAAAUUCAAUGUAACAAACCCGACAUUUUCCUCUACGACAAAAGAGAGAACCUAAUAUGGCUUAUUGAAGUGGGUCUGACUUCAAUAGAUAACCUAAAGAGUGUGGAAGUAGAAAACUGCACAAAUACGACAUUUUAG